AUGCCCACAAGUAUAGCCACAGGAUUUUUCACCACCAUGAAAACACAAGUGGACUCUGGAGUUUGUGAUGUUGUGACUUCAUGUGUCAGUUGGACUGAGGAAAGAAAAACUCAAGUGAAAUUUAAUUGUGCGUAUGGAACGAGUUUUCAAGGUGUGUUGCGAUCUGGAAGAGAUAAUUCUUCGACUAUUGCAUUCAAAACGGUGCAAGAUUUGAACCAACCAGGAAUCACUGUUGUGGUUGCUCCAGAUACCAUUCAUGAUACAUGGGCUUCUGAAAAUCUUAAACAAGCUCAAUUAAUCAAAUUAGGGAAAAGUUAUCAGGAAAUAUUUCCAUUGAUACAAAGUGGAAAAUAUCAUGCUUUCAUUGCAGAUGCGAUUGAUAUUUAUCAAUGGUAUGCACGAAAUAAGAACAACUGUACGGGUUGUAGUGUGAGUGUGUUUGGAGAUGCAUUGCCAUUUGGUUCGUUCAUGACCAACAAAAUUGUGGAUUCUAGUUCGAGCUGCAAUAAUUGGAAUCCAUUAUCGUCUUUUAUGAUGUUUGUUGUGUUGCAAAUCAUUCUUUUGAACCUUUGUAACUAUGGAUGGUGUUAA